AUGAAUAAAGAGGUUGCUGAGAUCAUUAGUGAUGUGAUUUGUGGCUCCAGAAUCAGCAUAUCAAGUAGUAAGAGGGAGAUGGGUUUGUGGAGGUGUAUGAGGCAGAUGGGUAAGAGGGAGCUGUGGAGUGGGAAGGUGAAAGGUUAUAGGAGAGGGAAAGUGGCUUUAACAGGAGCUGUUAAGACAAUUUUUGCAUGUGAGAGCCCCAUGGCCUGGAUUAUGGUUGGGGUUAGGAUGGGAUAUGUGUUGAGGUCUGGAAAAACGAAAUGGUUGUUGAAGGUUGCGAGAGUUUGGAUUUGGGUUAGGGUGAGAAGAGUUGGAAAAGGGGCGAGCUUGGUUGGAAUAACGAUUGUUGGAGUUGGUUUUAGAAAUGUGAGGUUGUGA